AUGUUUCUACAUGGUUUCCGAAGACGUUGGAUUUACGAGCGCCAUAUUCUACCGCGCGUUGCUCCGAAGAUUUUUCGCGUGGGAGCAGAUCGUGCUCCACUCGGCGUGUCGUCUGAAGUGGCCCUUUACGACUGGUGGCCAACAAAUUAUUUCUGCGUCCACGUGACCACGGAUGACACAAUCCUCCCAACAACAUGGCGACGAUGGGUUCACGUCGGGAACGCACUUCUUGCUUUCGCUCACGCCCCGGACUAUUAUUUGAACGGAAGUCAUUUUGUUCGCGUCGGCGGGCCCGACAGUCUUGAGUAUUCCUUGACGAUUCCGAGAGUCACUUUGGACGAUACAGGCGUUUACUCCGUGACGGCACGCAACGUCGUUGGCGAAGCCAAAUCCAUUCUCUCCUUGCAAAUAUUUGCGAGAGGUAAGACAAAGAGCGGAUGGCCACAUGGAGGAGCUCUGUACCCGAUUCGGAAUUUUGAUUGGUUUUACCCGCGGGCUUCUCCUGAGCUUUCUUUUGUCGGCACGACGUUGUCAAUCGCGGACCUACCGCGCCGUAGCCCGAAUUCGUCCCACAUGCAUGAAGCCCGCUUUGCUAUUGCUGUAUUGAACGAAUCGUCCUGCAUUACGGCAGCCUGCGAUUCGAUAUCUCCUCAUCGGUGUCUAGUCAAUCAUGAAGCGCAGUUAAUCAUCUCAUGGGUGGGCCCGAACCGAUUCGUUUUUAUGUCUUCGGGUCUGAUUGAUAUUCCCCCGGUCGACAGCUCGCCGCAAAUUCUAGAGGGCCUGAAAGACAUCCGCUGCUGCGACGGUGAUUCAGCUUCGUUCGAAUGUCGUGUCCGUGGGAAACCCAGUCCGAGAAUCACUUGGACCAAAGACGGCAUGGUUAUCCUGGACUCGAAAGACUUCAGGUAUGAGACCGAGGGGCAAUCUGUGCGAUUGCACCUGAACCGGGUGUACGCGGAAGACGAGGGGCUGUACGCCUGCGUCGCGGCCAACGAAAUCGGCAAGGCGAUGACGCGUGCCAAUUUGUACGUGGGUCGCGUCGGUGAAUUCGCGAUCGAGGCGCCACGUCGCCUUCGUCAUCGUAAAUACGUUAUGAAUGAUGAUGCGUGCGUCAUGUCGUCGCUGUUGGUCGUGACUGAAGACGCCCUCGGUGGGGAAAUUGCCUAA